AGGCAAUUGGUGCCCUCCUUCCUUUAUCCUCUGUUAGGCCUUGGUUUGGUUUCUAUUAUGUCAGGUUGAGAUUAAAAGUAUAAACAGCGGCCAAUUUUUACAAUGAACUGAUCUCUUUUGGGUGCAUGAGGGGAAGAGACAGACUUUGACAUCUGAGAGGGUUUUUCGCUGCCUGUCUCCUGUUUUCCUGCCCAGUGGAGAUCAGGAACUUUCCAUGGUGCAACCUCUUAUCCAGGGAACAACAAUUCAGCCAAGGGGUUUCUCCCAAGGCAAGUGCAGGAGGAUCAUGAUCCUCCAAUGGACUUUUUCUACUUCCAAGCACCUUCCUUGUCUCCUGGGCCACCCAGGCCACUCCUUACCUGAGCUUCCUUUCAAAGGAUAAAGAUUUCAAUGCAAAAGUUUUCCUGGGUAUCUUUGCCCAUGGCAGAAGGAGAGAUGGAAGGAGAUGAUCUCUAAGGCUCCUUCCAACCCAAACCAUUCCAUGAGGAUUCCUCAGGUCAUCCAACAUCCACCCCAGGCAGGAGUUUCCCUGCUGCACACAGCACCAGCCUGACAGAGCUCAAGGAGCAUUUGCACAAUGCUGUCAGGCAUGGGCUGGGAUUGUUGGGAUGUCCUGUGCAGGGCCAGUAGCUGAACUCCGUAAUGUUUGUGGGUCCCUUCCAACUCUGGAUAUUUUAUGGUUCUAUUCUAUGAUGACUCUAUUUCAUAAUGACUGUGACCACUGUGACCAGGGAUGAGAAAUUAGGAACGGUAAAAGCCUGUCAGGAGAGGAAGGCAGUCACACUAUGGGAGAUUCAUCAGGGAAGGAAUAUUUCUCAUAAGGAAGAAAUAAACUAUCAUCAAAAUAUUUCUUUCGGAGCAUUCGACAAAACCCAAUUCCACUGUAGCAAAAAAACCCAAGAUAAGUAUUUUGGAGGAAGCUACAUUCUGAUGUAGCCAAAGACGCAAUUUCCCACUCCUCUGUGAUUCCAGCGAGUGCUGGGGAGCAAAACCAGGCCAGGGAACACAGAGAGGAGCUGCAGGAGGGGAAUGGGGAGCUCCAGGUGAUCUGAGCACUUUCUCCUUCAUGUCACUGACCUGCCAGGAGCCGCUUUAGGACGUGGAUCCCAAAGGAGCAAGAGGGACCAGGAAGCGCCGCUGAUCUGCACAGACCUCUUUGCCUGCUGCUGCCCCACAGGGAACAGGUCAGUGGAAUGGUUUCCUUCCUCCCUACCCCACCUUCCUCUCCUCCAGCAGCUGCUCUCUUCCUGUCACUCUCUGCAGUGCCUUCCCCCUCCUCUGCCCUGUGCUUUCCUUUAACAUCACCUGCUGAACAUCCCAAACUUACUGCCUCCCUCACCCACCCCACCGUUUCCAUCACUGUUCUCCCCUGCACAUCUCACUUUUCCCCACUGAAUCCUUCCCACUGCAGGGAGCUGCUGAGAAGCUGCAUGGUCCAUCCCUGGAUUCUCCAAGCACUGACUGCCCAUCCACUCUGACCACAGCCAGGGGCCACAUCCCACUGCCUGCCCAGCAUCCAUCCAUGGAGGUGACCACCAUGUCCCCACCUCCUGCCUCACCCACUGAAGGAGACAAUCUGUGUGAGACAGAUGUCACCACCGUGGCCAUGCACAGUGUGACACUGCUCAUCUGCCUCUGUGGGCUGGCUGGGAACGGGGCUGUCAUUGGCCUCCUCAACCUGAAAAACUGUAACUCUGGCAUCUUUGAUUUGGCCGUCUCCGACUUCCUCUUCCUUCUCUUCACAGUCCUCUCUGCCCUGCUCUUCCUGGUGGAAGAAGUGUCCUGCUCUCAUAUUAUGCCCAUGCUGUACCUGAGUUUUCUUUUCCGGAUGUCAGUGGUCUCCUACUACUGGGGGCUGUUCCGGCUGAUACGCAGUAUAACUGUGCUUUAUAUGCGCAACCUCUUCCAGCUCUGCUGCCCCUAUAACCUUCCGGAGCGCACGUGGUUGGUGGUGGGAAGUGUCCAGUCCUGUGCCUUCUUUGCUCUCUUUGCUGUCAUUCCUGCAGUGACAUUCCUGUGCCCAUCACACGAGCAGCAGCACUGCCGUGCGCCGCUCAUCUCUGUGUACACCCUCAUCCUGCUCUUCUUUGUUGCACCCGUGGUCAUUUCCAGCACAAUUGACUUCAUUAACACCAAGUGGGGCUCCCAGCAGCAGCAACCCAAGAGGCGCGACAUCGUUAUCGUCCUCACUGUGCUCUUCACUCUCCUUCUCAGCAUCUGCCAUUUCCUGCAGCAGCUCGGUUACAUCGCUGUGUCCUCCCAGGUGGUUUUCCUGCUCACCUGCAUCAACAGCAGCAUCAAACCCUUCAUCUACUUUGUGGCAGGGAGGUGCUGGAGACCCUGCUCCAUGGGGAGCUGCUGGAGGCUCUGUACAGUGGGGUCCCUCCGUCUCUACCUUCAGAGGGUCUUUGAGGAGCCGAAAGAAAAAGCUGACCAGAGCCAUGAAGCCCUCAGGGACACGGGGACCUCAGCCUGUUGAUCCCUUCCACUGCUCUGCUGAAGGACCUCAGCACAGAGGCUGAGGGUUUCAUUGAGGCACCUGAUGAAUAAAUAUCCACAGGAUCACCCUCCCCGUGGUGGUGAAUUCCUGCAGGAGAAGGGAGCACGGGCAUUGCCUUGGGUGAUUGUUGUGGGAUGCUCUGCAGGGAGCACAUUGGAGCAUGGAUUUCCUCCUCCCCCCUGGAUCCACAAGGCUCCAAGCAGUGCAGCUGGGCUCAGUGCUGUUCCCCAGCUCUAUUCCCCAUGGAAUGACCCUCAUGGCCUCAGCCCCAGGGAAUGAACUCCAUCUCCUUUGGCUCAGCAGAUGAGUUUCAUGGUGCUUUCAGGGACCUCUUGCCUGCAAAGCAUGGGACACCUUAAUCCCUGGGGACACACCCAGCACGGAGUGGCAGUGAUUUCCCAAAUUCCUGUGGGGCUGGGGCCUCUGGAUGGCAGGAGAGGGGUUGGGAUCACACGCAGCAUCCUUCCCUUUCUGUCCGGCAGAGCCGGCCCUGCAUUCCCAGCUGAUGGGAAGGGACACCAGGUAGGGCUGCAGAGCUGGGGCGGGACUGCAAUAUUCCCUUGUCCUUUCAAUGGGAAUUUGUCAUAUUCUUAAAUUCCAGAAUUGAAUCCCUGUGAGUAAAUUGCAGGGUUGACAGUGAAGUCCACUGAUCCCUUCUCCCUGUAUCCAGAAAGUACAUGGAGGAUGGAAAUCCCCAUCACCAGAUGGGAAAUGCUUGGACCAUUUAGUUGCACAGAAAUUAGGGGGUUCUGCUGCUCUUCUGCAGAAUGGGGCCAUCCAUCCUCUGGUUCCCCAGCAUCAGUGUCCAGGGAAGCCCUUGACCACCUCCAUCCUGGACCUGGCCACCCUCAGGAGGAGCUGAACAGCGACUGCACAGCAGCUUCAGCCACAGGCCAGGCUGUGCUGAUCUUUGUCAUUCUGUAACUACCCCUCAGUCAGAUUUGGAUUAAUGGUUUUUGUUUGUUUCUACUGUGGUAAUUCUGGCUCCAAAAUUUGUUGAAUAAACAACAACCAGGCUUCACUGCAGAGCCUGUGCCUGUAAAA